CCCGACCACCACCGCCAGAUCCCGCUCGCCAUGGCCACAACAGUCUCGCAGGAGUACGCCGAAGGCGACGGCUACUUUCAGAUCCGCUUCCUCAUGAUCCGUGCGCACGAGACGCUCCUUAAGGGCCUCGACAGCGUCGAGCAGCAGGUCCGCGACGACCACAGUUGUGACCUCGCCAAUUGGCUGGGCUACGUCGACGCAUGGGCUGCAUGCGUGCAUCACCACCACAGCAUUGAGGAGAAGGUGCUCUUUCCUCUGCUGGAGCGCAAGGGCCUCGGCGUGCAUACGGAGCUAGAACAGCACGAGAAGCUGCACGCAGAUCUCGAGGCGCUCUCCAUACGCACGACGGAGUGGCGCGCGAAUCCGUCAUCGUACAGCGCCGAUGAGCUCGCGUCGCUACUGGCCGAGCUCGCGCCCAACUUCAGGCAGCACCUCGAGGAGGAAGUGGCGCACCUGACCCGCGAGCGUCUAUCGCCGCAGGUGUCGAGCGACGAGCUCAAGGCGUGCAUUGCUCAGCUCGAGGCCGAGGCGAAGAAAGGCGACCCCUUCGUCGCGCCGGUCUUCAUGAUGAGCCACACUCCUCCGGCUCACAAGUACUGGUCGAAUAUGGGCUGGCUGAUGUACCGCGUGCUCAUCCCGGCGCUGUCCUAUCGGCACGCCGGCUACUGGAAGUACUCGCCGGAGCCGCUGAACCUGUAGCCCGCCGCUCAGUCACGUCACGCCAAAUGUCACUGUAUGCUAUCGCUUGAAGCACC